AUGUUACUGAGCCCGGGCGAAGGGCCAGCGGCUGAGGGUGGGCGGCCAGGGCCUGGCGAGGAGGCCCCCAAGAAGAAGCACCGGAGGAACCGCACGACCUUCACCACGUACCAGUUGCACCAGCUGGAGCGGGCGUUCGAGACCUCCCACUACCCGGACGUUUACAGCCGCGAGGAGCUGGCCGCCAAGGUGCACCUGCCCGAGGUGCGCGUGCAGGUGUGGUUCCAGAACCGCCGGGCUAAGUGGCGCCGCCAGGAGCGUCUGGAGUCAGGCUCCGGGGCCGUGGCAGCCCCGAGGCUCCCCGAGGCCCCAGCACUGCCCUUUGCCCGCCCUCCCGCCAUGCCACUGCCCCUGGAGCCCUGGCUGGGCCCUGGGCCCCAAGCCGUGCCGGGACUCCCGCGCCUCCUGGGCCCGGGUCCGGGGCUGCAGGGGUCCUUCGGGCCCCACGCCUUUGGUCCAGCCUUCACGGACGGUUUCACCCUGGAGGAGGCGUCCUUGCGGCUGCUGGCCAAGGAGCACGUGCAGGCUCUGGACAGGGCCUGGCCAUCGGCCUGA